AUGUGUUGCUGCACCAGAUUGCAUCGACAUCAGAUUCAUCUCAUAAGCUAUGGAAUCGUAUCAUGUGGACUUAUUACGACGGGUUUAGUUUUCACUGUUUUUGCAAUUUUCCAAAAGGAAUCACAAAUCGGAAAAGUAUGGCUUGCGGGCCCGACAACAAUGGUGGUCGGAUUGGUGUUAGCAGGAAAAGUGGUGAUUGAUUGGGGACCAGCAAUGUUACAUGCGAGAGAAGGGUCUAUAGAUUCCAGGUUAUUUGAUCAGUUAAACCAGCCGGCACCAAGUAGAUAUCCCGAGCCACUACGACCUCAAGCUGUUAGUCAAAUGCGAAUAGAGCACGAGCCGAAGUGCAAUGGAUCCGGGUCAUCACCAGCUAGUUUUGUAAAGUACAACAAUAACAAAAUGCAAUCACCAAUAGGAUAUCGGCCUCCAAUGCAGUUCAUACACAGUCCUGUAUCAGAAAACGGGAUUCCCAGAAUGGUUCAUACCGGUGGAAGGUUACCGAGGAGUUCUAUAGGAUGUAUACCUCCAAGACAAGGAGAGAGACAUUCUCCGGAGCAGUGUUUGAUCUACUCACAGUAUAAUGCUUCGCUGAAACAGCUACCGUACCACGACGACCGGUGUUACGGGUUACCUCGUCAUAUGAACAAUCACAAGAACUCAUCGUCACCUCGACGGAGUCCCAGACCAUCUAUAUAUAAUACGUACUCAAACUACUCUUCAAACCCAUCUAAUCAUUCUGGUCACUCCAAUCAUUCCGGACAUUCUCAUUCUGGAGAACAAUCCAUCGCAUUAAGUGAUACGUGCGAGUGCACACAAUACGGUUCGAUGCGAAGAUUCACACCGCCAGUUUCGAGUCCAUCGGUUGCCGCGGGAAAUGAUACAACCUACCAGGGAGAGUCAUUUGUACUCAACGAACGGAGCUAUCUGAUAUGA